CGUGUAGGACUCGAAGAAUCGCGUCAGCAGCGGCCAGCGGUGAUGCCGUUCUUCGAGGAAAUGGAGUCGUCGUCGUACGUCCCUUACCUCCGCACCCACCUGCAGCAGAUAGCAGCCUCGGUCUCGACGUUGAGCUGCGGCGCGGCGGGCGGCGGGGACGAGGAGGAGUGCCGCGACGAGGGGGCGGCGCUGCGGCUCAAGAUGGUGGCCAUCGCGGCCAUCCUCGCCGCGGGCGCGGCCGGCGUCGCGAUCCCGCUCGUCGUCCGCCGGCGUGGAGGGGAGGCGGCGCCCUCAUCCGGCUCAGGCCACCAUCUUGGCGCUCACGGACCCGCGAAGGCGAAGGCGUUCUCAUUCGUGCUCGCGAAGGCGUUUGCGGCGGGGGUGAUCCUGGCCACGGGGUUCGUGCACAUGCUGCACGACGCAGAGGAGGCGCUCACGGAUCCGUGCCUCCCGGCCACGCCGUGGCGGCGCUUCCCGUUCCCGGGGUUCGUCGCCAUGCUUGCCGCGCUCGGGACGCUCGUCGUCGACUUCGUCGGCACGCACCUGUACGAGCGCAAGAACGGCAACAAGGAGGCCGCCGCUGCCGCCAAUGCCAGCGGCCAAGAGGAGACCGCGUCGCUGCUCGAGGACGGCGCGCUCGCGGGGAUCAUAGCGUCUAAUGGUGGCAGCGGCGGCGGUGAAGGGAGGGACGGGGGAGGCCAGAAGGACGCCAUGCACAUCGUGGGGAUGCGCGCGCACGCGGCCGCGCACAGCCACAGCCACGCGCACAGGCAUGGCGCGUGCGAUGGUGGAGCGGUGUAUGACGGCCACGGACAUGGCCAUGGCCAUGGACAUGAUGAGGAGCCGUCCCAAGGUCGCCACGUUGUUGUCUCACAGAUUCUCGAGCUUGGGAUUGUGUCGCACUCGGUGAUCAUCGGGCUAUCGUUGGGCGUUUCGCAGAGCCCAUGCACCAUCAAACCUCUGGUUGCUGCCCUCUCCUUCCACCAGUUCUUUGAGGGUUUUGCAUUGGGUGGCUGCAUUUCUGAGGCUCAGUUCAAGUGUUUCUCUUCACUCCUGAUGGCUUUCUUUUUCGCUAUCACAACACCUGCUGGGAUCACCGUCGGGGCGGGCAUCGCAUCAUUCUACAACACUAACAGCCCUAGAGCGCUGGUGGUGGAGGGUAUUCUGGAUUCAAUGUCGGCUGGUAUACUGAUCUACAUGGCUUUAGUGGAUCUCAUUGCUGCUGAUUUCCUUAGCAAGAGGAUGAGCUGCAACCCGAGGCUUCAAGUCGGCUCGUAUAUUGCGUUGUUCCUUGGUGCCAUGGCCAUGUCAUCUCUGGCCAUCUGGGCUUAGGCCAGCUCUAAUAGCUCCCGUAUCCAUUUACCGCUUUACUGUGCUGACUGGUCUUCUGUUCUUUUGCCUCCUCCUAGCGUCUGCAAAGCUCUCCAACCGAUACGGUAUCAUGCUCUACAGUGUUGCGGAGUGAGAAGAUUAUGCUUCAAAUUUGCAGACUACUGUAGCAGCCAUCAAUACUGUUUAUACAGUAUAACUGUGGGUCCGGAGGAAAGAGAAAAGUAAUAUAAGAUAGGAAAUAAGGUAGCUGUUGGAGAUGUAAAAAAUAGUGGAUGCUGUAAUAGUAUUAUAUGGGAUAAGUUUUUAGAGUAUCUGUUGGAGAUAA